CAAAACUGGAGCUUUGCAUUUUCACCGUAUGGAGUCUUCAAAAUUUAUUCGGAGUUGAGUUUGUCAACUCUUGCCGGCCUUUAAUAAUUUAAAUGGCCAUAUUGUUUUCUCGCAUUUGUUGUAUAAAGUAAUUUCAUUGAUGUUAUAAGAGUUGGGAUUUAUUUCAUUUAAAAUUGUAUCUCUUUGCAAUAACAUGGUAUCGUUAGUAAAAGCAAGAGGUUUGCGCAUGACAGCGCAGAAGCAAGAAACACUCUUAAAAUUAACUGUACUUUCUCUAGCAGCAAUUUUAUCAUUUGCAACACGUUUAUUCUCAGUAUUAAGAUUUGAAAGUGUUAUUCAUGAAUUUGAUCCUUACUUCAAUUAUCGCACAACGAAAUACUUAGCUGAAAAUGGAUUCUAUAGUUUUCACAACUGGUUUGAUGAUCGAGUUUGGUAUCCGCUUGGCAGAAUAAUUGGAGGAACUAUAUAUCCUGGUUUGAUGAUAACUUCAGCAACAUUAUAUUAUCUCUCAUGGUUACUCAAUAUUACAUUAAACAUACGUAACAUUUGUGUCUUCCUUGCUCCACUGUUUUCAAGUUUAACAACGAUUAUUACUUACCUACUUACAAAAGAAUUAAAGGAUUCUGCAUCAGGCCUAUUUGCAGCUGCAAUGAUUGCAAUUGUACCUGGUUAUAUUUCGCGAUCAGUUGCAGGUUCUUAUGAUAAUGAAGGCAUAGCUAUCUUUUGCAUGUUAUUUACAUACUACAUGUGGAUCAAAGCUGUGAAAACAGGAGCAAUAUGUUGGGCUACAUGCUCUGCCCUAGCAUACUUCUAUAUGGUGUCUUCGUGGGGCGGAUAUGUCUUUUUAAUUAAUUUGAUCCCGUUACAUGUACUGACCUUGAUGGUCACUGGUAGAUUUUCCCAUAGAAUAUAUAUUGCAUAUAGCAUUUUAUACUGUUUAGGAACAAUUCUAUCUAUGCAAAUUUCAUUCGUUGGUUUUCAACCUGUUCAAAGUUCUGAACAUAUGCUUGCAUUGGGUGUUUUUGGGCUUUGUCAAAUACACGCAUUAGUGGACUAUUUGCGGAAUAAAUUAUCCCAAAAAGACUUUGAAAUAUUAUUUCGUGCCUUGCUUAUUGUGGUAGUUACAAUAUCAUGCACUGUUGGUGGUAUUUUAACUAUUACAGGAAAAAUAUCACCAUGGACCGGACGCUUUUAUUCUUUGCUUGAUCCAUCUUAUGCCAAAAAUCAUAUUCCAAUAAUUGCUUCAGUUUCGGAGCAUCAACCAACAUCAUGGAGCUCCUUCUAUUUUGACCUACAGAUACUUGUAUUUUUGUUUCCAUCAGGCUUAUAUUUUUGUUUUUCCAAGUUAACAGACUCAAACAUUUUCCUAAUUCUCUAUGGAGUUACUAGUUUAUAUUUUGCAGGAGUGAUGGUGCGUUUAAUGUUAGUACUUGCUCCAGUUAUGUGUAUUCUGGGCGGGAUUGGAGCAUCCUCUUUAUUAAUUACUUAUAUGAAACAACUUGAAAGUGGGAAAGUUGUUGAUAAAAAAGCCAAGAAAUUUGAAAAUAAUUAUGUCUUGAAAACGGAAAUUGCUACGUUUUUUAUCAUAGUAAUGUGUGUACUCUUCUUUUCUUAUACUCUUCAUUGCACAUGGGUUACAGCAGAAGCUUAUAGUUCACCGAGUAUUGUAUUGUCUGCACGAUCGCCUGACGGUGGACGAAUGAUUUUUGAUGAUUUUAGAGAAGCAUAUUACUGGCUGCGUAUGAAUACACCCGAGAAUGCUAAAGUUAUGUCUUGGUGGGAUUAUGGAUAUCAGAUAACUGCAAUGGCAAAUCGUACUAUUUUAGUAGACAAUAACACAUGGAAUAAUACGCACAUAUCAAGAGUCGGUCAAGCGAUGGCGAGUUCCGAGGAAAAAGCUUAUGAGAUUAUGAGAGAAUUAGAUGUCAACUAUGUCCUUGUGAUUUUUGGAGGGCUGACUGGCUAUUCAUCGGAUGACAUAAAUAAGUUCCUAUGGAUGGUGCGCAUUGGCGGUAGUACAGAGAAAGGAAAAUCCAUAACUGAAUGGGAUUAUUAUAACUCUGCAGGCGAAUUUCGAGUGGAUAAAGACGGAUCUCCAAUUUUGCUCAAUUGUCUUAUGUACAAAAUGUGUUAUUACAGAUUCGGCCAAGUCUUCACUGAAGGCGGCAAACCUUCAGGUUACGAUAGAGUGAGGAAUAUGGAGAUUGGAAACAAGAAUUUUGAAUUAAAUAUAUUGGAAGAAGCGUACACGACAGAGCAUUGGCUUGUACGAAUUUACAAAGUGAAAGAUCUACGAAAUAGAGGAGUUUAAAGUGUUCUUGAACAUCACAUACUAUAUAGAUACAAAUGGGUCUACUAUCAUAACUUCAUAAAGCUUUUGAUAUUUAAGUUCAUCAAUGUAUGAGUUCUGCGCGAUAAACACUGCGAUAUUUAAUACAUACUAUGUAUUAUCGUACAACGCGCUGUAAUCGAAAUUUUUAUAAGUAAAAUAUUAUCACAAAGAUAAAAAAAAACGCGAUAUGAAUAUAAAAUAUUGCUAUAUGCAGUUUAUUAGAAUUUCGAAAGCUGUAUGUGUUUAUCACAUUUUUUGGCAGAAACGCCCAUUAAAAACCUACAUAUAUAAUACUGAAUAAUGUGACUAUUAUAAUAAAAUAAUUGCAUUUGUUUAUGAAUAUUAGUAUAUGUCUAUGCUUUAAACUUUAAACAUAAAAGAGAAUAUAUGUUUCUCACUGUAACAAAUACUUCGCAUCUAAUGCGAUUUACUGAAUAAUUAUCUAAAAUAUCUUCCUUAUUUUUAAAUUAUAUUUAAAAAAUUUGCAAAUAGUUCUUAUUUUUUUUUAAUAUUAUAUUCAUUUUUUUCUUGGCAAUAGGUAUGGUAAAAAAUAUUUAAGUUAAUUAUUAAAAAGUGCUGAAUAUAAGUGCAAAAAGAUACUUUAAAUUUAUCUAAAUGGAUUAAUCAUACAUUAUAGCCUAUAUCGAAUAUGAGUAAAAGAAUGUAAUUAGAUUACAGUGUUUAAGUCAAGAUGUAUAAAUAUGAAAAUGAAUACAAAGUGAAUAUAUAUAUAUAUAUA